UUGUCUCCCGAGUGGCGAUGUCACACCAGGUACUCACAUCGCACCAGGUAUUCAUUUGAGGCUGAGUUAACCAAGGGGAGGCUCUGGGCCGGUUAAGAUAUUCGUCACUGGUGUUGAUGGCCGUGAGCAGAAAUCGAACUGGGGUCGCCGGGUUCGUAACGCAGUGCACUCACCGCUACACUCCCGAUCCCCAUAUCACAGACAUGCAGUACGCACAUGCAGUACGCACACGCAGUACACACACGCAGUCGAGCAGCAGCACGCGGCGUGCGCGAGAGGAGGAGGAGGCGCCGCCGCCGCCUCCGCCGCUCCUCCUCGUGUCGUCACGCGCCUCUCUCUCAUCUCCGCGUCACGCGCCGCCGCUCCCUGCCGCGCCUCCAUCGCCGCGCAUCGCCGCCACCCCGCACGGAUUCUGCCUGCGCUCUCCCUGCACCCCGCGGCGGCAGCGCCCCGCAUAACCCCAUUGCCCUGCAAUCCAAGACCGCCCUGCUGCAUCUGGGAGCGCCCAGGAAUUACCGGCAUAAUCAUCGCCUCGCAUCAUUAUCCUCAUCAUUCCGCAUUUUGCCUGCGCCCUCCCAGCAGCGCCCUGCAACCACGUCUUCUUGCAUCCUCCGGAGCGCCCUGCAAAUCCCGGAGCGCCCUGCAUCGCCAGAUUGCUCUGCGCUACCCCGUCUAUAGCGUCCAUGCAGACGUCACCCCGGCUGGCGGUGCGGGUCUCUCUGGGAGCCGUGCGCCCUGCACUCUCGAGCUGACAGAGCCCAGGAGGAACGAGGAGGCGGAGGAGCAGACGGCUGCACCGUUGCAGGGAGCGGGGAGGCGGUGGCAAUGGCGCUUCUGGAUGGCCUAACCGGCUCCCAGCCGCAAACGAACGGCGGGGAGCCGCUCUACACCGAGGUGGUGGAACUCAACGUGGGCGGACAGAUCUACGUGACCCGGCGCAGCACCCUCACCAGCGUGCCCCACUCCGUGCUGUGGCGGAGCUUCUCAGCUGCGGGGGCCACCACAGGAGCGGCCGCGGGACCGACAGUGGCGGCCACGUCGGGGGCUACCGCGGAUGUGGUGCGCGACGCGCGCGGCCGCUAUUUCAUCGACCGGGACGGGUUCCUCUUCCGAUACGUGCUGGACUUCCUGCGCGACCAGCAGCUGGUGCUGCCCGAUCACUUCCCCGAGCGGGCCCGCCUGCGCCGCGAGGCUGAGUUCUUCCAGCUGCCCGAGUUGGUGAAGGCCCUCACCCCUCGCCCGGCCAAGGCCAGCUCCCUGAACAGCGAAGGCAGCGAGGUGUCCGAGGCGCCCGGCCGCGAAACCGCCAGCCCCGGUUACAUCACCCUGGCCUGCAGGGGCCAUUAUAGCUUCCCGGGCAGGGAGGGUGGAGGUGGUGGUGGAGGUGUCGAUGGGAGAUUUCGCAGGGCGGCGCGCAUCUCAGCGUGCGGUCGCAGCGCCCUGGUUCGCGCCGUGUUUGGGGACGCCCUGCUGGAGCGCAGCCGGGAGGUGGAGAGAGGGCCCCCCGGGAGGUACUCGUCGCGGCUCACGCUGGCCCACGCGUCACCGGAGCAGGCCUUCGACGCCCUGGCAGAGGCCGGGUUCUCGCUCGUAGCGUCGCAUGGCAGCGGUGUGAGCGGCCAGCCGAGCGGCCACAAUGAGGACAAGGUGUGGAGCAGCUACACCGAGUUCGUGUUCUUCCGUGGUUCGUCCUCGGCACCGGCCGCGAGGCGGCGGGAUGCUCCGCUCGCCCCACGGCGCCGCGUGGAGGUGGAGCGCGACGCGGACGGCGCUGAGGAGAAGGACUCGGACAGCGGCUCCACCGAGGAGGGCUCCACCUCCAGCUGCGACAGCCAGUCUGAGGGUCACGCGUCCCCGCUGCCCGCGCCGCCCCACGCGGCUAACCCGAGCCGCCCGGAGACCCUCACCCUGCAGCGGCCCGCGCGACGGGAGGGUGGCCGAGAGGGCAAGGGCCUGGGCGGAGGGGCUGGAGGACCCGGCUGCGGCGGUGCCGGCGGCGGAGGAGGAGGAGGGGGAGGAGGCAAGAAACGUCGGAACAGCGACCGCCCCGAGACCCUGACGGACGCGCUGGGCGUCGACGGCUCCGCCGGGAUUGGGGCCAACGAGAUGGAUGCACUGGCCGAGCAGCUGCACAAGUGCGUGGCUGACGUGCGCAGGCUGCGCAUCCCCAAGCGCUUCUCUGUGAAGACGCGCGCCUGGCAAGCUGAUCUGCUGCACAAACACGGGGUGUAACGGCGGUGGCAACCCCCACGAGCCUGCCAAUCCUCAUCCUGGACCCCACCCCCUUCAACACUCCCUCCUCCUCUCCACCGUCCCUGCCCCCCAGACGCCCCCGUCACCACCACCACCACCAUGGUGAAUAGUCUUGUCUGGUCUCACCCACCCCCCAUAACCCCCUCCCGGUACGAAAUCCGUUCCGAGUCGAGGUCGGAAAAGAGGGAAUGGUGCCGCCCCUCACUGUGUUGCACCGUCAUCUCUUUGUCACUUACAUCCUUAUCCACGGCAUCUUAAGCACAAGGGCAACUCUGCCCCUCACCACCACCAACGCCUCUGUCUCACCACGACUGGAACAAUAAUUCAGGUGGACUCAGGCAGGCUCCACGCGUGCAGUUCAUGGGAUGUGUGCACCUUGUGCAGCCACCCAGACCCUCAGCGCACGGGGACACGUGGCUCUAAAACACGUGGAGCUGGAACAGGAGGGGAGCCGGGCUGCGAACCCCAGGGGGAGAGGAGACCACGGAGGCGCCAUCUGAUUCACCUGCCGGGUGCCCCCGCUUCCCUGCCAUGAGCGACACGCCCCCCCACCUCCCGACCACCCGAUGAGCAACACAGCCCACCCCAGCUGGGGGGUUAGCACUGCACAAAGAACCCUGAGGACAUGGCUCCUCCGCGUGAAUUAAGCACACGAAUAGCAGCACAAUAGCUCGGGAUGACACCUUCUCCAUUCAGCAAGCCCAGACCAUGUCUGUGAGUCAGCCAAGGCCUUCCAGAACUGCACAGUAUCCUGAAAUAAAGUUUAACCACUGGAUCUCGGUACACAUCAAUUCCUGCCACUCGACCACAGACGCCAGUUCCUGGAAAGGUGGCAACUCUAAGCACAACCCAGCCGCUAGGCAGGGCAUGAUGACGACCUCGUAAUGACGCCCUCUUUAAUCUAGCCACGUGUACUCUGCAUGACAUCGUGUCUCCCACACCUAGCAUUCCCUCUGCUUACAGUGUGGACAAUCACGAUCCUCUACCUGCCCAUCCUGCAGGAAGCCUCUUGCAAACACCUUGGGAUUCCCCUCUCCCUGAAAGCUGGAGAAUCCUGGCCGUCUUUACCUGCAGGGUGAACAUCCCUGGUCCACUCUUGAGCCAUCAUAAGACCUGGGAUUGCGCACACUCCCCAGCCAGUGCUGCAGGGUUUGUGAGCGUGUUUCCCCCUCGCACGUGUGGGGUUUCUCCGUUCACUCUGGCUUCUCACACACGUGAAAUGAUGUCCUCACGGACCAGGGGAUCACAUCUCGAAGCCAGGAAAGCCCGGCAAGAAGCGGGGGUGGCGGGGGUUCAAUAAGACUCAGUGAGACCCUCCCGGAUUCAGGGCAUUCCUGCUGCUGUUGUUACCAGACUGGGGUGGCACAGUGGGCAGUAUCUGCCAGCCCAUAACAGCUGGGUCUGUUUCCGUAACCUGCAAGUAGCGAGCCUUCCACACUUCACGUGAUGGCGUCAAAGUUCACCUCGCCCGUUAGACUGGGUUCGCACAGCGUGGCUUAACUCAUGACGAGGAGUAACGUGAGGGCAUAUUGAGCCUCAAGUACAGUAUUGGACUUAUAUGGAAGCCCAUAGAUUUACAUGGAGAUGGACUGGCAUAGAGACCCACAGACUCAACAUAGAGAACUAUAUAUGGAGACCAAUAUACGACUUUAGGCCCAGUGACAUGGCUGUAGAGGGUGCAGUGGUGCAAAUGCAUCAGGGCCCACAAGCCGGGGGUGGGGGUAUUGAACAGCCCAACCCCUACCAUUUCACCCCCCCCCCCCCCCAACACUCUGCAUACCCGUCACACCGAGUUUGAGAACGCAUCAAGCAGAGUUCACUCGGCAGUUGUGAACGUACUUGUUUACCCAGGAGAGCCUCGCUGAGUCUCAUGACUCUUUUUCAAGAGUGUCUUGCCAUGUUUUCGCAGUAGGGGGUGAUGGUCGCUGCUGUGUGUGAUCCCGACUGAGUAAGGAAUCCCGUGUGAACCCAGCACUGGACUCGCCACUGCGAGGGCUUAAGUGAAGCAAAGUGUCCCGCACAUACUCGCACCACACACGUCACAAACAGCCCACUUCACACAACGUGCCUCACUCACACCUCAAUCUCAACUCACUCACCACCACGCACCUCGCAUCUCACCACCACACUCUGCGUGUGACAAGAGAAAGGGGAACGUCGGUGAAGAGACCCAGACUCAUUUAUGCCUCGCCACCCUCUUUAUUACACACCACUCUUCACCACUCCUAAACACUUCUCAUCACUCCAACAACAACAACAAAAACAGCUGCCAUUCGAUACUGAGUGGUGGUGAUGUCAUAAUAGCGCUUGUGCCAAGCUAGGUGCACUUUGAGGCCACGUGAAGUGUUGAAUACUCGCUGGCAGGAGGUCACGGGACAAUUCCAGGUGCCAUGGAUUGACUGACUUAGGCGACUAACAGAUGCACCAUCUGUGCUCCCUACUGAACCACCUCGCUGCGUUUUGGCCACUUGGCAUUCCACUCUUUAAGAACGUCGCUCCUCUGCCCACCGCUGUUGUUGGAAGGCAACUGCCUCCAACUACCCAGUCGUGUCGUUCACGAGCCUCCUCCAUUGAGGCUUUGGCACAUCCGAUCAGCUCCAAAUCCUCCUGUACCACAUCAGGCUACUUCUUCUCUAGCCCAUCCCGUGCCCGUUUAGCCACCUCUAUCUGGCCAAACAGAAACUGCUUGGGCAUGCAGUAUCUGGGCAUGUGGGCUAUAUGACCCAACCAAGGCAGCCUCACAUGCCAAAAAAGCUCAACGAUUAAACUUUGUCUAGAUCUUUCAAGGAUCUAUGAGGUCCUCACACAAUCCUGUCUGGUUAAACACAACAUGGAUCAUAGGCAGGCCACCCUGAAUGCUUCAUGCCGGUGUAGAUGUUUCUUCAGAGGGGGUCAAGGUUUCGUAAGCAUAGAAAAAAAUACCUUAAGCUUCGUAUGGAGAGACAGGUCUGGUAGCAUCCACACAACGUUACAGAGCCGAUGAAAAUAUAAUUAUGUUCGACUGA